ACAUGCUUAACAUGCACCAGGGCAUGGGGGGACUGCUGCACGACCCCGUGGUGGGGGUAGUGGGGGAGGACGGCAAGAUGCCUCCCAUGCAGUGCCAUCCCCCCUUCAGCAUGGCCUCCCUCAGCUCCGAGCUCGGCAAGAUCGUGGGGAGGAUCCCCGGCCUCACCUCCGACUCCCCCUACUCCUCUGGGCCCCACACCCCCGCCACUCCCGCUGGGGGACACAACCCGGUUGACGUCGUACCAGAAACCAGCAGCAGAACCGCCGCCGUCUCCGUUGGUGAAAGCCCCGCUCUUGGGGACGCAUGUGCUGCUGGCGGCGACGCUACAGACUGCAAUAUAGUGACACCGUCAGGCGCUGAUGUGGUGCCGGUAGCCUGCACGCCCAGUGAAGGCCCUGCCACAAACACCCUAGUUUCCCCAGCACAUGAGGCUGCUCUCACUAGCGCCCCUGGGGCCAUCAGCUCCUCCGUGUUGCCAUGUGUGGCCCCGCCAGCGGCCCUUGGUACAGAGCCCCGGCGAGUGUCCAGGUUCCAGGUGACCAAAGUUAACGAGGCGUCCACGCCUGUGCUGGCGUCCCCAGCUGCGCCUCAGCCACCGUCCAUCAUCGGGGGCGCCGUAGCUUCGCCUGCAUCGCCUUCGUCAGCGCCGCCUGGCUGGGGUGGCGACGCCCCGAGCGUCAAACGCGGCCGCUUUGCCGUCACCAAAGUACAGGACCUGUCACCCAGCACAGCAGCUGUGCCCUCCCCCGUCACUGAGAUCGGCGCUCAGCGAUCUCCCUUCACUCCGCAGCAGCAACCAUCUGUCCCUCAAUCCGCUAUGGCACAUCAAUCCUUUAUUCAAACUGCACCGCCACAAACUCCUCAACCUUCUUUACCUCUACAACAACCCCAACAUCAGCCCCAAUCCCAGCGACACCCCCAGCAGGCCACAGAGAUGACCCGGCACAACGGUUGUCCCCCAACGCAUCUCCCCCUACAAGGGCACUCGUCGGGAGGUCUUGGUCUCUCACCGUCUCCUCUGUUCACGUCAGACGACGACCUACGGGAGGGGGACGCGGGCGGCAGGAGUUCAGACGACAACUCAGACAAGGAACUCGAGUCCCUCAGGCGACGGCAGCAGCAGGAGCGGCAGGAGCUGGAGCGGCGACACGAACGCGAGUUGCUCGAGAUGGCGUCCAAGAAGUCGUCCCGGUCACACCACCGUCCCCAUACCCUCGUCUUGGGGACUCCUCCCUCUCUGUCCACAUCCCUGCAGACCUUCCCCUGCAUGGGGGGAGGGGCUGAGUACCAUCAUCCCCACAAUGGGGAGGUACGGCACAUGGGAUAUGGGCUGCCACCUCUUGACAGUUCGGUGCCCAUGGUUCCCGACGCGGGGGAUAUGGAGGGGAAUUAUACAACCCUGCCCGUCGUUGGGGGAGGUUACUCCACUAGUGGAGGAUACCUGAUGCCAGGAGUACCGCCCCCACGGCCCGCAAGUCCCUAUCCUCCUGGGGGGGCGGCGUGGGAGGGGCCGCUGGAGGGGCGAGGGCUGACUUCGUCCCCCCGCCCCCCUCAGUCCUAAUGUCGUCCUUGCCUCACCUGGCCUCUGUGGGGCCUCUUAUUAUUAUCUGUGGGUCCUCUUGUUAAAAUCUGAACUGACGUUGGUGACGUCAUCUGCUGUGGUGACGUCACCUGUUGCGGUGACGUCACCUGUUGCGGUGACGUCAUGUGUCGAUGAUGGUGUCAGCCCAUCUCAUGUCAUCUAUCAUGUGUCAGCUGUGUCAUGUGUCAGCUGUGUCAUGUGUCAGCUGUGUCAUGUGUCAGCUGUGAUGCCGUGUAUCACAUUCCAGUCUUUGCCUCAUAACGCCGCUGCAUCUCUACGCGCGUUAGCGCAUUCAUACCUAGAAAAAUGAUUGGCUCGUAUGUCCCAAAAAGAACAAACUUUCCUACCCACAGCACCAGCACAAAGCUCUUUUGUCAUGGACCCACACAAGAGCGCCAUGUGCGCCGACCAUGGAUGGUUCUUGGUCGACGUAGCGGGUCAGGAUGAUAUUAAGUCAAUAAGUGCGUCCUUUUUUGGAGAAGGUCCCAUUCAUUUAUCUGAGUGUAAGCUUUGCUAUAUUGCCGCGCUGGGCAGCGGCAGAUGUAAAUAUGUACUUAGAAACCUUCGUGUAAGGGAUGGGGGGGGAGUAGUUGUCAGACUCUUGUCUUAUCCUGGCUUUUAUUACUCGCUGGGGCUUUGUGGGGUUCAUGGGGAAAGCUUGAGUUCCCAAAUUUUAGUGUCUGAAGCCCAAUUUAAGAGUGUGACCGCAUGUGGUCUCUGUGUGUGGCAUUGGAUAUGCAGGUAUGAUGCCCAUAAAGAUGUGGAUGCGCACAUGGAGGACGUGAACACUUGCCAACACAUUCAUUAAGUGAACACUAUAGGUACACAUUCAGAGCACACGUGCUGCGCGAACAUUUUAGGAACCCUGGGCACGCCACAAACGACUGAGUCACUCAUUCUUAUUAAGAACCGUCACAGUUUGUGUUGUGCCAUGAACAGGAAGCACGAACAAAAAAAUGGGAAGCACGAACUCCCUAAAGCUGCCACUAACACAUGUAGACAACGACCACACAUCAAAAUUAACGAUCAGACAGCAUAAUUAACGAUUAGAUAUCAGCAAAUUAACGAUCAGACAUCAUUUUACAAUCAGACAUCAUAAUUAACGAUUAGAUAUCACUUGACGAUCAGACAUCACUUAACGAUCAAACAUCAUAAUUAACGCUCAGACAUCGGUUAACAAUUAGACAUCACUUAACGAUCGGACAUCACCAUUCACUAAUACUCUGUACCACUCCACGACGGAGAGAUCGUGUCGGUCGUAAAGGCUGUGAGGAAUAGUGUUAGGGGCGCCGCCUUCCUUCCUGUACAUUGUCUUAAAAUAUUAGCGCUGCUUCAUUGUCUUAUUUCUGUAAAUUAUCUUACAAUAACUGCGGUGCCUCAUUGUCUUAUUGUCUGAUUUUUGACGAGCCUUUUUAUGGUACACUUUUUAUGGAUUCAGCUGGAUGC